CACUCUACUGAUUAACUUUAUUUAAAAAAAAAAAAAUGUAUAUAAGCGAUUUGAAAGGCCAAACAUGUUAUCAGUCGAAUUAAAGAAAUUCAAUAGAUAAGUCUUAAAAUGUCACGAUUCUUAUUAACAAACAUCUUUCUCUUGGCACUUGUUGUCGCCUGCGUUUACGCUGAUGGAGGAUGUACCGAGGAAUGUGGAGAAAAUGAACAAUGUAAUUCAUGUGGGAAUUCAUGUGAAUUGAACUGUUCUGAUUUAACCCGAGUGAUUUGUCCUGCUAUUUGUCUUCCACCGGCGUGUGAAUGUAAGAACGGAUUCGCCAGAGACAACCACAGUGGCACAUGCAUCGACAAGCUCCAGUGUCCUAUGCAUUAAAUAAAUAAUAUAUUUAAAUAUUUUAUCAAUAAUUAUAGAAAAUCAAUUAGUUUAAAAUAAAAUAAUUUUUAUUUUUUUCCAUUUUUUAUGAUAUUAUUUAAAAUGUGUAAGCAUUUAUGAAACUAAAAUAAAAUUGUUUUGCUCAAAA